GAGAAAGAGAGGUGGGGAGAGAGAGAUUGUUGGUGCGCUGUUGGUGGGUGGUAUAACAGAUAAUUAUUAAGUAAAGCACAGAUGAGAGUAUAGACGCUCCAAACUGUAUAGAUUUGAUCUGAUUACCAGAGGAUAUGUUACCAUUCAGCUGAUUCCAUGUCGGAAGAAGGAAUUCUGUAGAAAAUUUUAAUUGAAACAGAAGUAGACAUAUUGGAUUAAAGAAUCAAAAUGACUGAUCAACCAAUUCUUUGUUGCUGUGAAUAUAUUAACAAAAGCGGGGAGAGAAAUCACAUGUUGGCUUGCUGUUGUGAUUGUGAAGAUUUGGAUAAAGCUUGUGAUAAUUGCUUGUGCUGUAAAGAAAUACCAAGUGAUACAAUGAGAAACAUUACUGCUACCAUAUCUGAUCGCUGUCGUAUUCCCUGGUGUUGCGGUCAUGGGGCAAUCCAGGUUCGUCUUGAUGUCAUCGUCCCUGUUGUUGUUGUACCAUCCUGUAUCCUUGUAGGCACAGUGGGGCCAAUCACCACCAUAGUCACACUCAUUUUCAUGCCGAUCAUAAUGUUAGUAAGUUACCAUCUCUGGCGACGCCACCACAGUAACAUGCGGACCAAAUUCUUUUCUACCUGGGCAAACAUAUCCAUUCUGUUUAGUUAUUUUGUCUUUCAAACGUUUGUUGUUGGUUUCCGUAAGAUAUUGUUAUGGGAGUUCCUAUUGCUCUUCACUGCCUUUUUAAUCAUGCUCUAUUGCUUGUAUCAGACAAAAAAACAACCAGGAAUUCUUAUGAAACCAAAAUUAACAGCUUCCAAACUAAAUGAAAAUGAAAGUCAUAACAUACAAGUAGAUACUAGUGUUAUGAUACCAGCUGGAGAAGUCACAUGGAUAGAUUCACGACCAAUUGAAGGUUUAUAUCUUGUCACAUGGUGUGGAUUUUGUAACAAUCGGAAACCUCCCAGAUCUGGCCAUUGUUAUGUAUGUAGUUCUUGUAUAUCAGUUCGAGAUCAUCACUGUGUCUGGAUCAACAACUGUAUUGGUGCCAAUAACCACAGAAUAUUCAUAGUCUGCAUGAUAUUUUUUCUAUUCUGCGGUCUUUAUGGUUCUCAUUUAACAUUUACCACAGUGUGUACACCAGAGAUGUAUUUUAACUGGAUUCUCUUCCCAAAUGAUUGUAGAUUUAUCUACAGUGACUUUCAAACAUCCAUUAGCUUUGUGACAGCUUGCUAUGUUUCAAUAAGCACUGCAGUUAUGCUCUUGGCAUUUUUACAGCAGAUUAUGCUGAUCAGUCAGAACAUCACAUCACAAGAGUUGCAUCAGGCAUUGGUGCGCAAGAAAACCUUCUGUGGUAUUUAUGCUUAUAAUAACGUUCACAACAAGGGUUUUUUACGCAACUGGAUGGAGUUUAUUUUUAGACCAUCUCGGAGUAUUUCACAGAAGAUUCCCAUGUAAACAUUUUU